AUGCUUCCCAAUAAAUCGCAGGACUCUAGGACAGUUCGUGAGACUGAUCUCGGACCUUCUCAUCGGGACGGCCUCACUAUUGUCGAACGUCAUAAACUCCAUCCUGAAAAGGCGUUCAUCUUGAGGCUCAAUCCUACCUCGCCUCUGACCAACGAAGACUUUCUUCUUAAGCAAGAUCUCAUCUCUUAUCUUUCAAAAGUGCAAGACUUGAGCAUCCGUGGUGGUUAUGAUAAAAGCUUCCUCCAACGUGUCUCUCAGCAUAUGCACGAAGUUCACUCUCUCAAUCUUAGGCGCAAGAUGGGUGGCUUCUUUUUACGGGAUAUUGUCGAGCAAAUCGAUAUACCAUCGCUCCAGAAUUUGACACUCUGUGGAGUUUACAGACAGUCGACUAGUACGGCAGUCUCUAUUCUGCUGGAACCAAAGAAGUACCGGACCGCAACAUUUACCUCACUCGUUCUUAGGGACUACGAAGAGACUGCUGAAGCGACACAGCAGCUUAUCAAUUGGCCAGAAUCUUUCGUCUAUUUCCGCUUCGACAGCUCCUAUAAUAAUCCCUUUUACAUGGACUUUGCCAUGUUUGGUGAAUGGCUUACAAUCCACAAGGAUGCUCUGAAAUCUAUCAAUAUCGGGUACCUGCCAUUUGGAGGCAAUGAAUACCUUCUUUAUGCAUCUGGCUUUCCCGAAUCAGAAGUUCUCACACUUUCAAGAUGGCAGCUUGGAGGCUGGCCUCGAUAUGCCACGGAGAAAUUAACGUUUUCUACGUUGCACGCUGACAUAUUGCUUGGUCCCAACCUGCAUACUUUUAUCCUGGACUUCUCAAUCUAUGGUCAACAUUCCGAGGCCUGGACAGAUUUUGGAGAACAAGAAGAGCACUGGGUAGCACAGUUUGCCAAAGCUGCAAUAGAGCGAAAGGCCGCACUACGGAAGAUCGAUAUUAUUUUUAAGCCGUCCUACAAGGAGAGUACGGAAGAGCAGGGGUAUCCAUGGGACCGCAUGGAUAGGAUUCGUGAUGAGAUUCAACUACAUGGGUUGGUGUUGGAGUAUAGUAAGCCCUAUUUGACGAAAGAGAAGUGGCUGCAGCCACUUAGGGAGAAUCCUUAUGCCUAUCAGACACCAGCCGACGGAUGA